AUGUGGACGCAGCUGAUGACGGGCGCGGCGUGGGCGGCGGUUUGGCUGGCGGGCGUGCUGUGGUGGUUGUGGGCGACGCGCGCUCGCACCUCGGCGCCGGGUCCAGCCACGCUGCCGUUGCUAGGCAACCUCAUGCUCUUCCGCAAACUUCCUGUGCUCGUGCAACAGCUGAAGGACAUGCACGCGCAGUACGGAGACGUCUUCAGGUUCUACGUGGGGCCCAAGCUGUUCGUGGUGGUGACACAGCCCGAGGACGUGAAGGCGGUGCUGGUCGACUGCAGACAGCGCCAAAGGGACCCCUACUUCUUGCGGCCCACGCGCUACUUCAUAGGAGACGGGCUCAUCACAAACAAGGAUGACGUCUGGAAGGCACACCGCAAGAUAGUCCUGCCGACGUUCCACACUGAGGUGCUGGGCCGAUUCAUGGGGGCGUUCAACGAGGCGGGCCGCUUCGUGUGCGAGCGGCUGUCUGCGGCGGAGGGCACAGAGCUCAACGUGUACCCCACGUUCUUCCAGUCCGCUCUCCGGACCCUCACCUCCACCCUGUUCGGCGUCGGCCUGGACCAGCUGGAGCCAGACCAUAGCAAGCAGGUGCACUUCUCUACGGACUUUUACAAAUCCAUGAAAGCAAUCCAGCGCAUAGUGUUCCGGCCGUGGCUGCAGGUGGUCUGCAUUGUGUCGACUGCACUGGGCGCGCGCUGGCUGCGGGAGCGCAAGGGCCAGAUCCACCGGCUAGUGGCGCGCGGCAUCGCCUACAAGAGGCAGCACCCCGGCGGCGACCGCGAGCCGGCCAAGAGGCGGCCGCUGGCCGAGGUGCUCAUCGCGCCGCACGGCCAGCUGCUGCUGUCGCCCCAGGAGGUCCACGACGAGGUAUGCACGUUCGCCAUGGCGGGCACAGAGACGACUGCCUCCACGCUGGGCUUCGCCCUGUCGCUACUGGGACUUCACCCCGAGUGGCAGGACGUCGCUCAAAAAGAGCUCGACGCCGUCUUUGGGAAUGGAGACGACUAUCUGCGGCCCUGCACCUUGGAGGAUCUCACACAGCUGACUGUCAUCGACAGCAUCGUCAAGGAGACACUGAGGCUGUUCUCGGUUGUGCCAACACUUCCACACUACGCAAGUGAAGACAUCCAGCUGGCGGGAGGUCGCUACACGGCCUCUCGCGGCAGCUGCGUGCUGCUGGCGCUGUGCCUGCUCCAGCGACAGCCACACCUCUUCCCAGACCCAGACAAGUUCGACCCGGGCCGCUUCCUGGAGGGUGGUUCUGCCCACUCCAGGUUGCCGUACAGCUACGUACCGUUUGGCGCCGGGUCCCGCAUGUGUGUAGGUGCGCGCUUCGCCCAGCUGGAGAUAAAGACUGUGUUGGCUUCGGUGCUGAGAAGGUUUCACAUAUUACCUGGGUCCAGCAGAGAAGAGCUGGAAGAGGUGGCGUUGGCUGUCACUGGACUACCCCUCACUGGACUCAGGGUCUCUUGUGUACUGCGAAACAACCUACCAGUGCGUCCAACAUAAUCCCAUUGGAUGACUAAAUCUAUGAUUGCUUGUACGAGGGUUGAUAACUCACCAAAACUUGCAUCCUUAUGUAGUUUCCCGUUCAGCGAGGCCAAAGUUUGCUGAAAGAUGCAAAUUUUGCCACUUUUUUUACACUGACCUGGUGGACAACAUUCGCUCCAGAUAUGGAACCUAUACCCUUUUUCAGGAAACUCAAACCAAUAAAGUCAUGCUGGCUUGUCUUGGGCUCUGAUUCAAACCUUUAGUCGGUCAGUUCUCCCUCAUAUUCAUAUACUUGCAUAUGUUGUUGGACAAGUACUUCUAUAAGGUUUGAUUCAGUUGCAAGCAGGGUACUGGCAGACUGGAGAUUUUGUGAGAUGCAUGGGCUGUGAACAAUAGAUGUGUGUAGUGUUAGUCAGGCUGAUCCAUUACAGCCCACAUUCCGCUAAAGACUAACUUUGAAUUGAUUACUUUAUCAAUAACGUAGAGCAUUCAAGACAAUGCCUGGCCUCUUUUAAGAGCAGAGGUAUUAUUUAUAGUUAUUUAUUUAUUUGUGGAACGUUAAAUACAUAAUUGUCUGAUUUUAUUUUAA